GCCUACAGAGACAGCUGGCUGCUCAGGGACGGGCUCAACAAACCUGAAAGUACUGAGCAGAGACAAAAUGGCCUUAAAAUGGUGGACCAAGCGAUAUGGUCCAAAAAGAUGUCAAAUGGCGCCAGGCGCAUACCAGUGUCACCUGAUCAGGCCAGGUCAUACAACAGACAGAUGCGGCCAGCUAUUUUAGAUCACAGCUCUGGGGCCAAGUGGACAAACACAUCAAAUCAUCCCGAAUUUUUGGUAGGAGAAGAGGCACUGUAUGUUAAUCCACUAGAUUCUUAUAACAUACAUUGGCCCAUUAGAAGAGGGCAGCUGAAUCUCCACCCAGGACCUGGUGGCUCCCUCACUGCAGUAUUAGCAGACCUUGAAGUUAUAUGGUCACAUGCAAUACAAAAAUAUCUGGAAAUACCAUUGAAAGACCUAAAGUACUACAGAUGCAUUUUACUAAUUCCAGACAUCUACAAUAAACAACAUGUGAAAGAACUGGUGAAUAUGAUCCUAAUGAAGAUGGGCUUCUCAGGAAUUGUUGUACAUCAGGAGUCUGUCUGUGCUACUUUUGGAAGUGGUUUAAGCAGUGCGUGCAUAGUAGAUGUGGGAGAUCAGAAGACAAGCGUUUGCUGUGUAGAAGAUGGUGUUUCCCAUCGCAACACCAGGCUGUGCCUUGCAUACGGAGGAUCUGACGUGUCAAGGUGUUUUUAUUGGCUUAUGCAACGAGCAGGAUUCCCAUAUAGAGACUGUCAGUUAACGAAUAAGUUGGAUUGCUUGCUGCUUCAGCACUUAAAGGAGACAUUUUGUCAUCUAGACCAGGAUAUUUCUGGAUUGCAAGACCAUGAGUUCCAGAUUCGUCAUCCGGAUUCUCCAGCUUUGUUAUACCAGUUCCGAUUAGGAGAUGAAAAAUUACAGGCUCCAAUGGCUCUGUUUUAUCCAGCAACUUUUGGAAUUAUUGGACAAAAAAUGACAACUUUGCAACACAGGUCACAAGGUGACCCUGAGGAUCCUCAUGAUGAACAUUAUCUGCUAGCCACACAAAGUAAGCAGGAGCAGUCUGCAAAAGCUACAGCUGAUAGAAAAUCUAUGUCAAAGCCUGGCACAUUUGAAGGAGAGUUGAGAGGCCAAGCCUCAGACAUUUCAGAGAGGAUUUACCCACAAGAAGUGGAACUGGGAUCUUCCCAGAGUGAUUGUAUAUCUGGAAAUGAUUCAGAGGAACCUUUAACUGCACACAUGUCCAGGAAAACAGCUAUUUCUCAGUUUGAAGGCAAAGCCUUAGGCCUUGACAAAGCCAUUCUUCAUAGUAUUGACUGCUGCGCAUCUGAUGAUACAAAAAAGAAGAUGUACAGCUCUAUCUUAGUAGUGGGAGGAGGCCUUAUGUUUCAUAAAGCUCAAGAGUUUCUUCAACACCGAAUUCUCAACAAAAUGCCACCUUCUUUUAGAAGAGUCGUUGAAAAUGUUGAAGUCAUCACAAGACCUAAGGAUAUGGAUCCCCGCUUAAUUGCAUGGAAAGGAGGUGCAGUUUUAGCCUGUCUUGAUACAACUCAGGAGCUAUGGAUAUAUCAGCGAGAGUGGCAGCGUUUUGGUGUCCGAAUGUUACGAGAGCGAGCUGCAUUUGUAUGGUAAAGGAUGUGUUUACAGUGGGACAUGAUUAACUGAGGAUUCCUUUCCCCACAUGCCCCCUUUUUCCAGUGCAGAUGUAUUGAUCUUCUGCUGAUAGGUAUUUUUGUAUUUUAUUAAAACUAACUUCAACUGAGAUUUUUCCAAAA